CUUAUAUGUAUCUAUUGACUAAAUAGUCAAUUUAUACUUGUAUAUUUAUUUAUUUAUUAAAUGAAUUUAAAAUUUAAGCGUUAAACAAACCAAAACUUCUAAUUGACAAGAAAAUUGCAAACUAGCAUGAUACACUUCAUUAGUAUUUAUUGUUCAUUAGUAAUAAGUGGUACGUUUAAAAACCAUUAAUUUAAUUUCUAGAAUUAAAUCUUUUUUUUAUAAAGUAUUAGUAACAAUUAAACAUGAAUUAUGAAUGUAUAAGAGUAGAAGUUGCAACAUAUAAAGUAACAGUGUACUUAGUAUAAAAAAGUCUGAGUAAGUUAGGUUAGAACUUUAAAAAUAAAACUGAAUUUUAGUUAUCAUUGGUAUGUGUCAAUUGGGUAUUAAUCAAUUAAAGAACAAGAUAGUUUAAUUUAUAUAUAUAAAAAAGAUAAAUCUUAUAACUUUAAUGGUAAUAAAUAAUAGGGAUAAUUAAUACAAAAAUAGGUUAUAAAGAUAAUUUAUUUUAUAGCUCAUUGUGAUCAACGAGCCAAUCAUCUUGUGGUUGUCUGUAUGUUUCAUUAUUCAUUAAUACAAAGUUAAUGCCUGGACCAUAAUAUGGAAUGAUAUAAUGUGAGCCAUCAGCUGGACGUACAAUUUGCGUUGCAAUAAGUACUACAUCAACUAACUGGCCAAUGAACAUAAAUCCAAGGGUACAUAAUUUUAGUAGACCAAUUGCUGGGUAACCUAGAUAGAAACGAUCUAUACCAAACAUGCCCAAAAAAAUAGACAGUAACAGUGUUGUUUCAUAAUGGUACCCAUUGCUAUAAGUACCAAUAGUUAAAUUAGUAUUGAAUUCAGAAUAAUAUAAAAAAUAUAUACUUACGUCCAUUUGCAUGGAAAUUCUUUCCAAAAUGUUGAAUUCUUGGUUUCCAAGCACACAAUACCUUCGCUUGCUUUGCACUGAACUUAAAAAUCGAUAAAUUGGUAAUUAAAUUUGAUAAACAUAGAAUAAUAUCAUAACAGAUAAAGUGCUAAAACCUUGAGCGACGUUGUCUUUAGUACAUCCACGUAACUGCUGUGUCUCUGGAUCAAUGAAGUCAUAUGCUGGGUCAGGGCACAGAAAUUGACCCAUUCUUAGAUUUUUACAUUCUGUUUCGUAGAGAUCUGUCUUUCCGGGUCCUUGAGAUGGUUGCGUAAAAUAUACAAAAUUUGUUAGUAGAACAAUAAUCAGAGAUGGCCAAGUCGAAAUCAUAGCAUUAUCAAUCACGUUCUGAAUGUGAAAAAAAAUAAAAAUUGACUUCAGACUUAAGAAAAAAAAAAAGGUAUUUUAUCAUUGAAUAUAAAUACUAAUAAGGAAGGAUGUAAGUUCUUAAUAAUGAUUACCUAUUAAUUUAACUUGUAACUUAACAUUUCACGAAAUACGUAAAAUUAUAACAAUAAUAAUAUUAUUUAUUUUAAUCAGUUUAAACGGUGAAUAGUGAUAAUCGGCUGAUAAAACAUAAUUCACAAGACAUUCUUAAUAACCAUGUAUUCAUGAAUAUAAAUUUGUUUGUAAGCAUAGGUGACAUCAAACAUUAUCACUUGCAGUUCUCUUUGUACCACGGUAGAUUACAGGCACGAUUUAAGAUAUCUUAAACCGUGAUUAAGGGGAGCGCGUAAAAAAACCGAAAAUAUAUCAGUCGAACCGUAAAGUUAUUAAAGAUCCAUCUUAUAUAGCAGAAUUAACAAGUAGCAAUAGCACAUAAUUUUCUUUCUUGUACGGUACGUUCGUUUAUGAUUGUAGUAAAUAAGUAGUUAACAUUAUCUAAACCUUUAAAUAUAUGUCAGUGAGUAUUAGUCAAUGAAUAGACAAAUAAAACCUCAAGAACAAGAAACAGUUCUUUUUAUCUGUGAUUGUAUGUAUUUGUAUAUUGUACUAUGUUAUAUCCAUGAUGACUAGAAGUCUUUAAUAAUUAUAUUAUAAACAGAUAAUCAUAUAAUAUUUAAUAUUUAUCUAAUGUAACAUUUUUGAUGUUGGAAAAUAAACUAUUUAUUAUUAUUACCUGUGGUAUAGAUAAUAUAGAAAUUAUUAUCUAUGGUCGUAUCACUGGAGAGCCGACAUUCUAUGACAGUGUGACCAAUCCAGAGUAAAAUCGAAGUGUAUUUCUUAUCGGUUUGUAUUUUCGCGUCAUUAAGUAAUUUAAGUUUUGCAUUUGGCGUAUUUCUGUAUUUUCUUUAUUCUCAAAAAUCAAUAUUUAAACAGAUUUUCCACUUUUCUCACACUCUUACGGCUGGAUAUCAAGUAGAACCUUUUAAGAGUUGUUCGUCAUUUGCAGUGUUAUUAUCGUGGAUAUUGUACUACUUGCUAAUUGUUUUUUAUUUAAAAGAAAAAGUUUUAUUUUUGUUUACAAGCAUGGCUUUGUUGGAGAAGUAUUUUAAUGAAGCUCUACCUGAGGAUUUGCAUCAAGGUAUCAAAACUUCCUGGUGGCAUUCAUUAAUGGAACAUUACCAUACAAAUAAUCGGCGUUGUCAUUGUUUGAAGGAUCUGAAUGACUGUUUAGAACAUUUUGAAACUGCUAAGGGUUUUUUAAAAAACCCUAAAGCUGUCAGUUUAGCUAUAAUAUUUCGAUA